GCUCCACCGUGCUCCCGAAAGGAUCUUCCUUCUCGAAAUAUAAAAACGAAUCUAAAUCUCAGUGGUGUGGCGGUUGCGCGCCAAAAACGGUCUCUUGUUCGGUGGGCCACGUGUGCGUCCGAUUGGGUGCGAAUAUUUUUAGUGCGUCGUCGUCGUCGUCGUUGUUUGGUGUGUUUGUGCGUAAGUAAGUGUUCAUAAAGUUUUAGUGGUUCUAGUGGGUUCAAACGAGAAGAAAAGGUAGAAUCACGGGAAAGCAUAGCGGAAGUCGCUGGAUAUUUCAACAGUGGAGUUUACCCAGGAUGAGCUUUCCCCACAGUAAAAUGCCGCAAAUGUCCGCGACGAUUUGCAUCGUCAGCCUGGUCAUCGUGUCGGUGCUCGUGCAGAACGUCAGCGGAAAGCGUGGUUGCGCCGCCUUUGGCCACGCGUGCUACGGUGGCCACGGCAAGCGUUCCUCGCCGGGGACACUUCCCGAGGGAUACGACGGGGACGGGCAGCAGCGGCAGCUGAUCGUGGAAUCGAUGCCACCACCGUUGCCGUACGCCAAAGCCCUGAUGGCGCUGCAGAUGGACCGGAGUAGAGCUUACGAAGCAGCGCCCCCAGCCAUCUCUGGCGCCUUUCUGCGACCGGGACUGACGGAUUUGAUUGCGGUCGGACGGGACCAGCCGUCCGGACCCUUUACCGGUGCAAGCAGAAGUGAACAGGAUCGAUUCGAACAGACGGUGCGAUUCGCUGUGAACGCUGUUCUUAGGCAAAUGCUGGAGGAGAAUCGUUUGCGGCAGCGGGAUCAGCAGGAUGUCAGCGAGUUGGGACAACCGCAGGAGCAGCAGCAACAGCAGCCGCAAAUGGUCAGCGAGCAGAACUAAACGAUGAGAGAAAAAAGGAUGAAAACGCAGCAAAAUAAUGAUUGGCAACCAGGCGGCAGAUAUCGUGUAAAUUUCCGAGUAUUAUCCAUCGAAGCAGAAGCACCCAAAAAAAAAAAAAAAACAACAUGAGCAACAAAUCCGUUGAGCAGCGAGUUUAAAGUUUGUUUUUUUGUUGUUGCAAUUUUGUUUUCCCCCUUAGGUUAAAUUUUGGGUUGGGAGCAUUAAUCUAGGGUAAAUCGUGGUCAAAGAAUUAAAAAAAAUACAGCAUUUGCUGAUAAAGCUGGGCCACGUGCACUUUAUUUCGUCAUUCUUGCUAGCAUCAAGCUAUGCCGGAAAGGAAGGUUGAGUUGAAGAGUGGCGUAGUUAGACGGGACGAAUCGUGAGGAAAUUGGCAAGGGACACAAAGUGUUGAAUGUACAGAUUGAUUCUUAGCUUCAGCAGUGGUGAAAUUUACGUACUUAAUGAAUUAAAAAAAAAACAAGUGGAAGCAAACAGUGUCAAUAUGCAAAGUGUCGUUGUUUACUUUAAUAAUAAUAGGAUCUUUAAAUCAGAUGUAAACUAUACUUACUUACUAGGAGCUGAAUGAGCACAGCAGAGAUUCUACAAACAAACAGGUGAAACAAUUAUCAAAUGUUCAACAACAAGGUUAAUAGUUAAAUGAAACUUGUAAGGCUGGAACAGUUUUAUUAAACUAUUGCGAAAAAAUA